AUGUUAUCGAGGAUAAAACUCCUCACGCCAAAGCUGGCAUUUCUAGCCCGCGGGGUGGCUACUACCACGACACGGGGUAGAGUCGGCGGAGAUAUUUCUUCGGUAUUUCCGUCAUUAUCGGGAAUUGCGCCUCCUCCGCUGCCGGAUAGGUAUGCUGAACUAAAGGGACGAUUUACGGUUGGACGGGAAAAUAUCCUGGCAGAGUCCUGGGAGAGGCUAUUGCUCGAUCUUGAGAAGGAGACGGCCGUGGUGAAGAUGUUUGGGAGUGAUGUUUGUCUCUCUUUAUUCCACAUAUUCUGAGCUUUCCUUCAGUAGAGUGGGGGGGUUGUGUUAACGGGUUGAUAGAUUAUUCCACAAGUGGAGUUCAAAGACCUCGCCAGUCUCUCCGAGGAGAAAACGGCAGAGAUCAAGAAACGAGGUGUUGUGGUUCUUAGGAAUGUCCUCCCAGACAAGGAAGCUCUAGCAAUGAAGGAGUCUUUGAGAGCGCACAUCGGGCGCAAUACUUGGGCUCAAGGUUUCUCCCCACUAUAUAUAUAUCACUAUUGAAAUCUAACAAGCGCAGCCUUCCCCGCCGACUCACCGGCAGUCUACGAAUUAUACUGGUCCCCAGCUCAGCGUGCUGCGAGAGCCCAUCCAUCUCUCGUGGCAUCCCAGUGUUUUGUGAACUCCCUCUGGCAUUCUUCGCUCCCGUCGUCGGUGGUGGACACCUCCGUGUCCCUACCCUAUGCCGACCGCUUCCGGAUCCGCCAGCCAGGCGAUGCAGGAUUUGCUCUUGGGGCGCACAUCGAUGGUGGCAGUGUGGAACGCUGGGAAGACCCCGAGUACUCCCGCUGCUAUGAAAAGAUCUGGACUGGACGGUGGGAGGAGUAUGAUCCGUAUAACGCAGAUCACAGGGUUCGUGCAAAGAUGGAUUUGUACGAUGGAGCCGGCAGCUGCGGAGUCUGGAGGAGCUGGCAGGGCUGGGCAUGUCUCCCUGAAUGCCUUUCUCCCACUUAACUAGUCCACUAACAAUUCCCAGCUCUCCCUAUCAACAACAUCUCCCGGUGAAGGGACCCUCCUAGUAAACCCACUACUAAAGCACGCAACAGCAUACACAAUCUUGCGCCCCUUUUUCACACUUUCCGAUCCCCCAACUGUGAGCACAACUCCUCACUUCCCAAACUCGGUCCAGGGUGCGUGCCAGGAAUACAACAAUACAACACAUCCGCAUCUGCAGCUGGACGACGCAAUGACACAUGUGCCCCGCAUCUCGCCGGGCGACUACGUCUUCUGGCACUGUGACACCAUUCAUGCCGUGGAUCGGGUACACCGUGGCGCCAGUGAUAGCUCUGUCAUGUAUAUUCCUGCAGUGCCAUGGACCGUGGAGAAUCAGUCUUAUGUUGAGCGGCAGAGGGGGGCAGAGAGAAGGGGGGUGUCACCGGAGGAUUUUCCAGUGGGGGUUGGGGUGGAGGUUUGA